AAACUUGUAAUAUUUGUGCCCUUUUAAUAAUUUGAGGGCUAGUUUUGGUUGUGUGUGUGUGCGUUUUUGUGAAAAGUCAGGACAUAGAUUUGUAUAAUGACAAAGGUAUGACACAGGUAUUACAAGGUGAAGGUGACAUCUCAGGACAUUGACCCAUGUCCCCACUUUUCAAAACGCUUAUAAAUCACUCAGAAUGAGUUUUUUUGGGGGAAAGUUGACAUGCACAGUCUCCUGUAAGGGGUAGGUUUAGGUGUAGGGUAAUAGCACAUACAGUAAGUACAGUAUAAAAACCAUUACGCCUAUGGAAUGUCCCCACUUUUCACAAAAACGAACAUGUGUGUGUGUGUGUGUGUGUGUAUUAAUUCAUUCAUUCAUGACACUGUUAUAAAGAUGGCGUUUAUUAAAGAGGAGAGUGAAGACAUGAAGAUUGAUGAAACAUUCAGAGUCAAACAUGAAGAUACUGAGGAACAAAUGGCAUUUAUAAAAGAGGAGAGUGAAGAAACAUUCAGAGUCAAACAUGAAGAUACUGAGGACCGAACAGACCUGAUGCUGCUGAAAAAGGAGAGUCAAGAACUGAAUGAAAUGAAAGACAAAGUUCAGUAUGAGAAACAUCAUGAUUUCACAACCGGAGAGAAUUUUAGUUCCUCACAGACUAAAAAGACUACACACAAAAGAGCUCAAAAAACAGGAGCUAGAAGUCACUUCACCUGCCAACAUUGUGGAAAGAGUUUCAGUAGAAAAGGAAGCCUUGAAAUCCAUAUAAGGACUCACACUGGAGAAAAGUCUUACACUUGCCAACAAUGUGGAAAAAGUUUCUCUGUAAAAGGAAACCUUGAAGUUCAUAUGAGGAUUCACACGGGAGAAAAACCUUAUGCUUGCGAACAAUGUGGAAAGAGUUUCAGUAAAAAAGGAAGCCUUGAAAUCCAUAUAAGGACUCACACUGGAGAAAAGUCUUACACUUGCCAACAAUGUGGAAAAAGUUUCUCUGUAAAAGGAAACCUUGAAGUCCACAAGAAAAUUCACACUGGAGAAAAACCUUAUGCCUGCGAACAAUGUGGAAAUAGUUUCACUAAAAAAGGAAACCUUGAAGUCCACAAGAAAAUUCACACUGGAGAGAAGCCUUACAUCUGCCAACAAUGUGGGAAAAGUUUUGUUAAAAAAGUAAUCUUUCAAAGGCACAUGAAAAUUCAUACUGGAGAUAAGCCUUACACCUGCAAACUGUGUGGAAAUAGAUUCAUUCAAAAAGGAGACCUUGAAAUUCACAUGAGAAUUCACACUGGAGAGAAGCCUUUCACAUGCACUCAAUGUGGAAGGAGUUUUACACGUAAACAAACUCUUAAUGCCCACAUAAGAAUUCACACAGGAGAGAAGCCUUACACCUGCCAACAAUGUGGAAAAAGUUUCUCUUUAAAAGGAAACCUUGAAGAACACAAGAGAAUUCACACUGGAGAGAAGCCUUACACCUGCCCACAAUGUGGGAAGAGUUUCAUUAAAAAAACAGACUUUCAAAGGCACAUAAGAAUUCACACAGGAGAGAAGCCUUAUACCUGCCAACAGUGUGGAAAGUGUUUCUCUCAGCAUGGAACCCUCAAAGUCCACAUGAGAAUUCACACUGGAGAGAAACCUUUGAGCCACACAAGGAUUCGCUUGAUAGAAGGAUUUUAUGUUAUCAGUGCGGAAGGAGUUUCACAGACAGGAAACACCAUAUGAAUCCUGUAAUAACUCGGAGUAAAGAAUUCAUUGCGUCAUCACUGUGGAAAAACAGACAUAGCAAAUCUUGAAAUUCAUGAGAGAAUUUACAGUGAAGAGAAGCCUUUCACAUGCCAUCAGAGGAAAAAGUUUCAGAUCAAAAGAAAACUUAAGUCACAUGAGGCAUCGCACUGGAGAAAAGCUGUUUACUUGCUUUAAAGGGUUAGUUCACCCAAAAAUUAAAAUUAGCCCAUGAUUUACUCAAUACAAGGCAUUUUAGGUGUAUACGACUUUCUUCUUUCAGAUGAAUCCAGUUAUAUUAAAAAAUGUCUUGGCUCUUCCAAACUUUAUAAUGGCGGUGGGUGUUUUUGUUUAAUAGUCCAAAAGAAGUCCAAUAAAGCGCAUCCAUCUGUAAUAUAAUGUGCCUCACAGGCCUCCUGUAAUAAAUUGAUGCAUUUUUGUAAGAAAAAUAUCUAUAUUUAAAAUGUUACAAACUGUUUUUUUCUAGCUUGUAUUAACCGUCAUAUGCAAAAGACAUUCCUGGCGGAUGACAUAGGAUGUAUGUGUAGCGAGUUCUGACGCAAGUUCCAAACCUGUGUGAGUUUCUUUGAUUUAAGACCCCCUAAUUGGACGUACUUGAUUUCUGACUUGACGACGGGCACCUUUUGAAAUACUUCUAGGACGCUGGCGAGUGAGGGUUGAGUUGGUGUAUUUGAGAUAGUAAAUCUAUGUUAAAGUUGACAAGCUGCUAUAAUCUUGUUAGAGUGAUUUAUUUUUUUCCCUUGUAUAUUUUGUUUCUUUUUUUAAUCAGUGUAUUGAUUUGCCCUGAUCUUUUUUUGUCAUUUGUUUGAAAGUCUGUUGCCCUUUGAUUUCAUUGUAAAUAAUGUAAAUAUUACCAUGUUCCAUCACCAUAGAGGAAGUAGACAUUGGGUGCCUUUUUGUAGUCCACUCUUAUUUUCAUCUAGAUCAAAUAGUGAUUGUGUUUUUAAUCAGUAGCAUCUUUUGUUUGUUGUUUUUGGUUUUUCCCAAUCCAGGGACCCAUUCUUCGUACGUCGAUUAAUACAUCUGAGAUGAUUUGAAAGAUUCCAGAUCUUCUAAUCGUGAUAACUGAUCUCUGGCUAAUUUGGUUCUUCAAAUGAAUUUGCAGAUUUGAUUAAAAUAUCUGGAUUAAGUUGUCUAAGAUCAGUGAGCAUUCUCGUGUUUCCCGAAAAGGGCAGAUGUAUCGAUACUCGAAACCACGAUCAGCAAUGCAGUGAUUGUUUGGCGGCGAUUGAACACUGCUUCGAAACAGUGUUCCGGAGCAUUGCUUAAAAUGAGGCUGUCACGUGACCUGUGAAAAUGAAGCUUUGUUACCUCACUGACACGUCACGCCAUGCUCGAGAGUCGCUGUCCCAUACUCACGAUCCAUUUAUAUCAAUAUAAUAAUUAUAUCCAUCAUGUCACGUAUGUAGUUUUUUAAAUUUAUUUUAUUUUUACGAGGUGUAUUAUUGUUAAUAAAAGUAUUACUAUUAAAAAAUGACUUUUGAAUGUCUGUUGUCUGAUUGUAAAUUAAAAACACUUUGCGGGCUCAACCACUGUUCCCAAAAAAGAAUAAAAGUCC